UUGGCAAAGUGCAUAGGAAGAAGCCAGGACUUCCCGACUGGGAGGAGGGGGGAAGCUGAAGAUCCCCGGCUUUGGCUCAGCUAAGCAAAGUGGGCAGCUCAGUGCUUGAAAGAGGAUUGUGCUCGCACUAGAGAUCAGUAAGUGGGCGGCUGUGUGAGUGCCCCAGGGUCAUGGGAUAGACUUGAGGAUGAGGCUUGAUUCUAGGGGAGAGCUACGAGACUGCUGUCUCUGUGCGUGUCGCGUGGAGUCUAGAGGCUUAAGCCCAAGAAUCAGAACUCCCAGUGCCUCCUCCCAGUCCUGGAAAAUGGCAACUUCUACUGAGAGAAAUUUGCACAGACUCUCCUUUCCUGACCGCUCUUCCCAGGAAACUGUGCUACUAAAUCAGACAGAGCUGGGAUUAAGUGGGGAAAGUGAAAUGUAGCAUUAACAGAAACUGCAGUCUCGAAUUACGUUCUGUGUGUGCUGGCGUUGUUAUAUCUAUUAACAGAAAUUGUCAGCAAAGUCUGAGGUGGGGAGCUUAAGUGGGGAAGUUGAGACUUUCUGUGACCAAGAGGCUGAGGAGUCCCUAUGUAAGGGAUUAAAUGCAAUAUUUAUCUAAUAAAUAAUAGGUGGGUUUUUAAAAAAAAAUCACUAAAGGGGAGCAGCAGCCAGGAAGCAUAAAAGUGCAUGAUAAUAAUUAGGAAAAGAAAAUUUCCCAUCCAUAGCUCUUUGUAGCCAAAAAUUUCAGGAUGUUUACAAAGUCAUAACAGUGAUGCAGGAAUACUUCAAUUAUCAUUGUACAUUAUUAAUACUGUUGCCGGGCAAGAUCUGUGGUUCUCUGGUCAGCAAGUUCUGGCAAUGAAGCCACUGCCGCUGGUGCAAAGAAUUCUGGGAUGUCUGAGAGUGAAAUGGAUGGAAGGACUCACAUUCCAUCUCUACUCAAUGCCCUUUUGUCCAGAAACCGGGUCAUGCAGACGAGCUACUUGAAAAGUAAAGAACAAGGCUAUGGAAAGCUAAGCAGUGAUGAAGACCUCGAAAUAAUUGUUGAUCAGAAGCAGGGGAAAGGCUCUAGGGCUGCAGAUAAGGCUGUUGCCAUGGUGAUGAAGGAGAUACCGAGGGAGGAGUCUGCAGAAGAAAAGCCCCUCCUUACUGUGACAUCACAGCUGGUGAAUGAGCAACAAGAAAGCAGACCUCUUCUGAGCCCCUCCAUCGAUGACUUCCUCUGUGAAACCAAAUCUGAGGCCAUUGCAAAACCAGUAACGUCCAACACAGCCGUGUUGACCACUGGCUUGGAUCUCCUGGACCUGAGUGAACCUGUCUCUCAAACCCAAACCAAAGGCAAGAAAUCAGAGUCCUCGUCAAAGAGCUCAUCCCUUAAGAAGAAAGCCGAUGGCUCUGACCUCAUCAGUGGGGACAGCGAGCAGAGGGCCCAGGCUCUGCGGGGCCCAGAGACGUCAUCCUUAGACUUAGACAUUCAAACACAACUGGAAAAAUGGGAUGAUGUCAAGCUCCAUGGGGAUCGAACAAGCAAGGGCCAUCUCCUGGCAGAAAGGAAGUCUUGCUCAUCGAGGACCGGGUCCAAAGAGCUCCUGUGGUCCUCAGAACACAGAUCUCAGCCAGAACUGAGCUCUGGGAAGAGUGCCCUCAACUCCGAGUUGGCUUCCGAGUUGGAACUUGUGGCUCCGGCACAGGCUCGGCUCACCAAAGAGCAUCGCUGGGGCAGCGCUCUGCUCUCCAGGAACCAUUCCUUAGAAGAGGAGUUUGAAAGAGCGAAAGCCGCAGUAGAGUCAGAUACGGAGUUCUGGGAUAAGAUGCAAGCAGAGUGGGAAGAAAUGGCCCGGAGGAACUGGAUAUCGGAGAACCAAGAAGCCCAGAACCAAGUAACCGUGUCAGCCAGUGAGAAGGGCUAUUACUUUCACACCGAGAAUCCCUUCAAGGACUGGCCUGGAGCAUUUGAAGAAGGCUUAAAGAGGUUGAAGGAAGGGGACCUGCCUGUCACCAUUCUGUUCAUGGAAGCAGCAAUUCUUCAGGACCCGGGGGACGCUGAGGCAUGGCAGUUUCUUGGUAUAACCCAGGCAGAGAAUGAAAAUGAACAAGCAGCCAUUGUCGCCCUCCAGAGAUGCCUGGAGUUGCAGCCCAACAACUUGAAAGCUCUGAUGGCUUUGGCUGUGAGUUACACUAACACCGGUCAUCAGCAGGAUGCCUGCGAGGCUCUGAAGAACUGGAUUAGGCAGAACCCAAAGUACAAAUACCUUGUAAAGAACAAGAAGAGCUCUCCAGGCCUCACUCGGCGGAUGUCUAAGUCCCCAGUUGACAGCUCUGUUCUGGAAGGAGUGAAGGAACUCUACCUGGAAGCUGCCCACCAAAAUGGUGACAUGAUAGACCCGGACCUGCAGACAGGUCUUGGGGUUCUCUUCCACCUGAGCGGGGAAUUCAACAGAGCAAUUGAUGCAUUUAAUGCUGCCUUAACUGUUCGGCCAGAGGAUUACUCCUUGUGGAACCGUCUUGGGGCAACCCUGGCUAAUGGAGACCGCAGUGAGGAAGCUGUGGAGGCCUACACGAGAGCCCUGGAGAUCCAGCCGGGCUUCAUCCGGUCCAGAUACAACCUGGGGAUCAGCUGCAUCAACCUGGGUGCCUACAGAGAAGCGGUCAGCAAUUUUCUCACGGCCCUCAGUUUGCAAAGAAAGAGCAGGAACCAGCAGCAAGUCCCUCACCCUGCCAUCUCGGGGAACAUCUGGGCUGCCCUUAGAAUUGCACUGUCGCUGAUGGACCAGCCAGAACUCUUCCAGGCAGCCAACCUUGGUGACUUGGAUGUCCUCCUGAGAGCUUUCAACUUGGAUCCUUGAAGGAAAAGAAAGAAAUGCAGAAUAAUCCCUCAUCUGGUAUUAUACUAAAAAGGGACAAAACUAUUUUAUUAUGAAUUUCAAAAAAAAAUUUUUUUUAAAGGAUAAAGCAGAGAGUCAAAAGGCCAUGGUCAUGUAGCCCAAGAGAACUAACUGAUUACUACAGACAAUACCUGGUCUCUGUUCAGACCCAAAAGCACAAAGUCAAGGUCGGGUUCAAGAGAAGAACCAAGCUUCUCAUGACAAAGAAAGAUAAGGUAACUGUGUACACUCUUCCAAGUUACCAGUGGACUUUGAGUUAUCCUGUCCCCAGUCGUCGCGUGGGGACACACCUGAGGAGCCUGUUCAUGGGACCUGGCGAGACAGUUUGUCUGCAGUCAGUGAACUCAGGCUGUCUUCGCCUUUCAUGAGACUGAACAUAUAGUCCGGGCCAUUGGCGCAUGCACACAUACAACCUGACUAAAGGCAGGCGUCGCUUCCCCCUCCUCCCGUUUUAACUUUUACUAGAAGCCUUUGUUUCCAGAGAGAGAGAGAGAGAGAAGUCUGCUGGCAAAAGCAGUUUUUGCACUAGACGUUUUGCUGUUCCCAAUGAAAUCCUGUCUAGGAUUGUACAUAAGCACUUUAAUAUCUUAUUUAUGCCUUGCUGAGCUUCCGGUUUGU